AUGGCAGUAAUGCUGCUGUACGAUCCAGCUAUCCGUUUCCGGCCACGUUCAGGUGGAAAGCUGAGCUACGUCAAAAUGGAUUUUUGGUCAAUAUGGGCUUUAUUAUCAGCGUUAUUGGCUUGUGUAUAUUUUGCGGAUGGUGUAGAACUAACAUUUGAGUUACCUGAUAGCGCCAAGGAGUGCUUUUAUCAAGAAAUACAGAAAAAUGUUUCUGCUACUCUAGAAUUUCAGGUUGUGACAGGAGGCCAGUAUGAUGUUGAUGUUGUUCUUGAAGCUCCCAAUAAACAGAUUAUCUACAAAAAAGAAAUGGCACAGUUCGACAGCUACACAUUCACACCUGAAAUGACUGGUGUUUACAAAGCUUGUUUCAGCAAUGAAUUUUCCACUUUUUCACACAAACUGGUGUACAUGGAUUUUCAAGUUGGUGAUGAACAACCUUUGCCAGGAAUAGGAGAACACGUUACUGUUAUGACACAGAUGGAAACAUCAAGUCAAGAAAUCCAUAAAAGUUUAAAUUCUAUUAUUGACUAUCAGACACAUCAUCGGUUAAGAGAAGCUCAGGGAAGAAAAAGAGCAGAGGAAAUAAAUGAAAGAGUUAUGUGGUGGUCAAUAUUGGAGACAUUAGCUAUUCUUUUCAUAACUAUAGGACAAGAGCAGGAUAUUCCUAUUGAUAUACACACUAAUAAAUUGCUGGACUGGCUUGUUAGUAGGCGACAUGUAAAUCGCGAUUGGCAAACGCAUGUUUUGACGAUUAGAGCAAAAAUAAACAAUGCCAUUCAGGAUAUGCCAGUCCAUGAAGGAAUUGCAAAACUGCUUUCUGGAUCAUAUAUCAAUUAUUUUCACUGCAAAAAGAUAAUAGAAAUUCUCAGAGAAACUGAAGCUAGCAGCAGAAACAUAUUUGGAUCAUAUGGCUCUCAGCGCAUGAAGGAUUGGCAAGAAAUUGUAAAGCUUUAUGAGAAAGACAGUGUAUAUUUGGCAGAGGUUGCCCAGAUGUUGAUGAGGAAUGUUAAUUUUGAAGUUCCAAGCCUUAAAAAACAAAUUGCAAAAUGUGAGCAGUUACAGACAGAGUGUGAUAAACAAGUUCUUGAUUACCAGAAACGGUAUAAUUCUAUGCAAAAUGAAUUGAAAGUAUUAUUCAAGCAGUUGGGAAUAGAAGGAAAGAAAGUAAAGCAUGAACUAGUGGCAAGAUUGCAGGAAUUGCCUGACAUUUACGAUAAAGUAGCGGAAAAUGCAAAAUUGUUAUCUAAGGCUGUGGAUUAUUAUUCUGCGUUUGUGGUAUUAAUUACAGGUCAGGAACAUCCUGGUGGUUGUGUUUCAAUGCUGAAAUAUCUCAUUGAACAUGGAAACACUACAACGUAUGAAUGGACUUAUGGAGAAGCACCUAUAAAAAUUGAAGAACCACCACUAAUUGUUAAUUUAGAAGAUGAAAUUGAGAACAUUGAGAAUGACACUAUUGAUUUUGGUGAGGAUGAAGGUGGAAUAGACUUUGGAGAUGAUAAUGGUAAUGAGAUAGAUUUUGGUGAGAAUGUGAUAGAUGAAUCAGGGGACAUUGAUUGGGGCAAUUCAACAGAAGUUGAGUCAGCAGAAGUUAGUUCUGCCGAAGCACAAGAAAUAGAUUUUGAUAUAUCUCUGGAAGAAUCUGGAAUUGUUGUAGAGUCUGCUGGUAUGGAAGGUGGUGUCGCAAAAGAUUUCAAUGCAUACACUAUAUUGGAUAAUCCCAAAACCAGAAACAUGAUAAUUGAUGAUUUAAUGGAGCUUCAAGCAUUCUUGAAAAUGCGUCUUUUUGAUAUGAAAGGAGCGAAUGAUUUGAUAUCUAUGAGUCAAAUGCAAAGUGCUGAUACUAUUCUGCAGGUACAGACUUCUGAAAGUAUUCUGGCAAUGUUGGAUGUAGUUCAGGUGACUCUUGCCAACUUGACCAGCACUAGUGCACAAUACUUGCAUAACAUAAAACAUUCUGAACGAUUUGUUGAGCAUAUGGCUCACAAUGUAAAACAGAAAGAAUCUGUAAUGCAACGCUGUACGGAUUCACAAGAUGCUGCAAGAAAACGGAAGGUGGAAUUGCAAGAGGAGGCUAAGGCUUUGCAACCAAGAAUUGAGCAAGAUAUUUCAAAGCGAUACAAAAAUCGGCCUGUAAACAUCAUGGGUGGUGUGAAUAUGAUGUAAUAUGGAGAUAUACAUGAUUUAUAGAUGUUACAGAGUAAGAAAUUUCAUGCAAUUAAAUUGGUGAUUUCGAAAGGUUGGUGUUAUUUUUACCUACUGGAGAUCACCAGAGAAACAUGUCUGAAUGCAGGCUGCCAGGUAAAACUUGUGUUUUGAUUUUCCUUUUUAAAAGCAAUAUUUUGGCUACUGUACUGAAUUUUAUUGAUUAAUAUUAAAAAUGAUGUUGUAAUUGUCCUUUACUCUUUAACCUUCCUGUUAGUAUAUGGGAAUUGUACUAACAGAUUUACUGCUUUGAUAUUUUUAUGAAGAAUGGGUUGGUUAAACCCAGGUAGACAAUUUACUUAAAUACGACAAUAUCAUUACUUAACUUACAUUCUUGCUGCUCCAAAAUGUAUAUGAUUCUAAUUUUGAGUUAAGCUGUUCUUCUAACUUUGACCAUAAAAACAACAGUUAAUAUGAAAUUGCUUGAAAGUUAAGAGAAUCAUGCAAUUCACAACAUUUGAAUGACGUUCAGUGACGUUUGUUGAGCAGUUUCCUAACAUGUUUUACUGAAAUUAAGUAAAAUAAAACUCUUUCAUAAAUAUUUCAAAAUAUAAAUAAUUUUUUAAGUAGACAUGAUAAAAUCUUAUCUAAGACACUUCCCAGGUGACAUGGAAUAAUUCUGAUUUUACUCAACCGUAAGUAGUGAAGUAUUUUGAAGUUUUGAUAGGAAUUAUUAAUUAACAACUUUGUGAUUCUUACCAAAAAUGCAUAUAUAAUGUGAUUCAUGGAAUGUAAGACAAAAUCCACAUUAAAAAUCACAUCCUGUCUUGCAUUUGCCGAGUCAGGUAAAAAUUGUUUGAAAAUAAGUUUCUCAUUGUAUUAAUUUUUUAAGAUAGUCAUAUCUUCCUUAUUUAUUCCUAUAAGAAGAAAUUAAAAAUAUUCUGAAAAUUUGUUUUCCAACAACUAUGUAAUAGAACAUUAUGUGUGUGUUAACAUUUUUGACACAAGAGUAAGAAACUGGAAUUAAUUACAGAAACACACAAAACAUCUUUUUGUGUUUUGCACCAAACACAUCUGUGCGUGAUUAAAAAAACUUGUGAACUUGAAUGUUUCUAUCAAACUUUUCAUUUAUCUUUUCAGUUUAUUUGUGAUGUUUCUGAGAGAAUGGGGUUUAGUGUAAUGAAACAUUUUUUCAUAAAGUGAGGAGAACCAUAACAGCACAAGAUGAUUCAUCAAAAGAAUUCAAUGUGAUUUCUUUCCAACACAGUGUUUUCUUCACAU